AUGAAUAAUCUUGGAAUUUCAAACAAUAGGUUUCAAUAAAAGGCCUAGCAAAAACGACAAAAAUCCUAUGAUUAGCCUCAUCCUAAUCAGAAGGCUCCAAUCAACAACCAAGAACCUGUCAAUAAUCACGAGUUUGAAAUCACCCCUGACAUUGUUAAACCAAAUGUGCAAGUUCCCAUCUUCCAAGAUCCUAAAUUGAUUGAAAAUCUAUAAUAAUAAAAAAAAUGA